ACAGCCUUCUCAGAUUUCCUCAGCGGGAGUUCCAAAGACCUCGCCAAGCACAUCAAAGUGGUGUGUGACGGGACAGAUCUGACUGCCAAAGUCCAGGAGAUGAAGCUUCAGUGUCUCCUCUUCCUCAACAUCCCCAGGUACUGUGCUGGCACGACGCCGUGGGGUCAUCCUAGUGAGCACCAGGACUUUGAACCUCAGCGCCAUGACGACGGCUGCAUUGAGGUCAUCGGAUUCACCAUGACCAGUCUGGCCACGCUGCAGGUGGGAGGUCACGGCGAGCGUCUCCAUCAGUGUAAAGAGGUGACCCUCACCACCUUUAAGUCCAUCCCCAUGCAGGUGGACGGGGAGCCGUGUAAACUGGCCCCCUCCAUCAUCAACAUCAACCUGAGGAACCAAGCCAACAUGGUGCAGAAGGCCAAGAGGAGGAUCUCCAUGCCUCACCUGAACGACCAGCAGCCCGUCCCUGAGAAGCUGCAGAUCAGAGUGAACAGGAUCAGCAUGGCGGCGUAUGAAGCUCUGCACUACGACAAAGACCAGCUGAAAGAGGCCUCAACACCGCUUGGUGUGAUCACCGUCCCUGGAGACAGCGACCUGGAGACCUGCCGCUUACUGAUCGAACGUCUCCAUGACGACCUGGACCAGGACGGCGAGGAGAUAAAGGGAGAGUGUGUGACCUCUCAGAGACUCUCCAUGAAGUGGUGUUUCCUCGACUGUACGACUGCAGACCGUUUCUACAGGAUCGACCGUGCUCAGGAACACUUGAACUACGUGACGGAGAUCUCUCAAGACGAGCUCUACAUCCUGGACCCGGAGCUGGUCGCCAAGGAGACGGUGGGCACGUCCCCUGGGAUGCCCGACCUGGUGGACUCUGAGGGACACCAAGAGCAGCAGAGACAGUUUGCCUUCCCCUGCUCCCCGUCCUCCCCCACCUCCUCCACCACGCCCACCACGUCGACCACGCCCAGAGUGAGAGAGUUUCAGAGGAAGAGGAUCUCCAGUGACAGCUCUGUGGCCGACGCUCUGUCUGAGAGCUCCUCAAAGACUGCCCUCUGCAGGAGAGGAGCAAAGAUCAUAAAUGUUCAUCGCUCCAACACAACGCUCGCUAAUUUCAGACCCAUCAUUAGUCCUUCCAGUGCUACCUCACACGACCCUGAAAAAGAUGCAGAAUUAAUAAACUGCAUUAAGACUGAAGACCUGAACAGACUGACGGAGCUCCACCAACAGGGGGCGGACCUCCUUCUGCAGGACCCUGCCGGCUGCACACUGCUGCAUCACGCUGUGGAGGCCGGCAGCAAAGACAUCCUCAAGUACCUCGUCGACAACGUUCCCACUUCUCAUCUGGACGUAACAGAGAGAGAGACAGGUGAAACGGCGCUCCAUAAAGCUGCCUCCUCCUGUCAGAGGAGCAUCUGUCACUAUUUGGUGGGCGGGGCGUCGCUCAUGAAGACAGACCUGCAGGGUGAAACUCCCAAACAGUGUGCCGAGAAGGCCGAUGACCAGGAACUGUCUGAAUAUCUGGAGAACCGCCAACAUUACCAGAUGAUCCAGAGAGAAGACCAGGAGACGGCGGUCUAGAG